AUGUGCUGGAGACCUUGGAGUAUUUUAAUGCCCCUAACGUCGAGUAGUUUGAUUGGUGGCGAGACGACGUUCCUCUGCCCUGGAAGGAUAGGACUUGGAAAUCUAUAUCUUCGCUACUCCAUCGACCAUGGUUCGAGCGUGUCUGGGUUCUGCAGGAAGCUCUUUUGUGCGACCGUGUGGUGCUUCAAUGCGGCCGAGACGCUAUCGCCUGGGUCGAUGUACGCAAGGCAUUACUGGUGCUCCGACAGAAGUCAAGUCUGCUGCCAGACUGAUAUUAGGCGUCGUCUCUUCCCAUAUGCACGAGGCUUGAUGGCACCGCCGCUCGCUUCAUGUGAGCACCUGUUACUCUGGGCGCGGAAUCAGCAAUGCUCAGACCCUCGAGACAAGGUGUACAGAAUUUUGGGCUUAAUGGAUCCCAGAAUCGUAGCCAAGAUCGAGGUGGACUAUUCUUUCCCUCCUUGGAAGACAUUUGCACAGCUCGUCUUAGCUGAACAUGACGUCUACCAGAAAUUGAACAUGAUCAAUAAUUGCGGCAUAGCGACGCGUCCCGAGGGGUGCCCAUCGUGGGUACCAAACCUGGAGCAACCAGUAGAAGGUGCCAACAUAGGGUACUUGAGCAUUCGAAGAUUUUAUGCUUCUGCACGCUCCAGUGCUGUGGUGAAGCUCAUCGAGCCGGCUGACCAUUUACAAGUCACCGGGAGACGCGUGGCCAUCAUCAGUCGUGUUAGCGAUGACCUGAACGGCACAUUCGUACAACUCAUGGAAGUGGUCCGAGAUUGGGCACCGAAAGAUCCACAAAACGACAAGUACGUCUCGGGAGGACUUUCUAUGGAUGCAUAUGUCGAAGUCCUUGUGCGCGGUAGGACCAGCGACAGAGCUUUGGGGGAUAAUCCGCUUCCAUCCAUCCGGCGGCUUCGCGAGCUGUUGACAUCGGCAUUAUCUAAAGACAAACUUGAUGGUGAGGUAGCGCGGGCAUUCAAAGAUUGCUUCUUCGCGAAAGAAUGUCUCUUUGUUACCACGGAAGGGUACAUGGGUGUCUCUGCGAGAGGCCUGCAAGAAGGCGAGUCCCCUCCAUCUCAAGACUUACCUCCAAGCGAUCAAGUUGCUGUGAUUCUUGGAUGCGACUUCCCAAUGAUUCUACGGCCUGGAGAUCCCGGCCGAUACGAGGUCGUUGGGCCGUGUUUCGUUCAUGGGCUAAUGCUCGGCGAGGCAUUGAAGCCACCUUUAAAGCCGCCGUGGAAAGAUGCGCUUCCCGUCACCAAAGGUUGGGCGAUGCCGUAUUUCAUCAACACCGAGACGCGUGAGCUUAUGAAGACCGAUGUGAGGCUCGGUUCAUUGCCUCUUGACUGGGAAGAGGUGGCGUCAAUCGAUCCCUUUUUGCCGCCCUUCGUGUUCAAGAACAAGAAUGAUGGGCGCAUCAGUGUUAAUGAUCCAAGGAUGUCGGUAGACGCUAUACAGAAAAGGGGUAUCGAACUAGAAACUCUAGUGUUGACAUGA